GGAGCAAAUCUGGGGGUGCAAGGCUUCUUCCCGAAGGACAGGAAGGCACUUGAGGGGCCAGCCCUUUUAGGCAUAGGCAUGACUAAAAUAAUGGAGACUCUACAGUUUUGCCACUAGCAAGAAUAGGGAAGGGGUGAACCAUCUUGGUCCCUUCUGGUUGUUUCCCGAGUCAUGGUUUAGUUGCUCCCAGAGUCACCGACCAACUCUAAAGAGACUUGAGACCAACUCUAAAGAGACUUGAGGGUUCCUGGCCUAACUUUAGCGGACCUACUAGGAACUGACCUCUAACCUUGAUCCUGAUUAUUCUCUUGCCUCCCACCCCCACCACUUUUCAGAAUUCUCACUAAAAUUUUACAAUUUUGUUAUAAGUCCUUAAGAUAGUCAGAAAUAUCUAACGUGUCCCCUGCAUCUCUUUCGUUUUCUUUUUCCCUUCCUUGAAGUCAUGUUCUGGUUACACUGAAAACAUCUUCGGUCAGUUUCACCCUAGUUGUAAUUGACCCUUUGUCAGUAUCUGUAAAUAUUUCCAACUUAAACUUAGAAUAACAAGUUGUAUUUCAAAGUGUGUAACAAUUUUAAGAGGAUUGUAGCUAAAUUAGGUCAUUAAUUCUACUGCUUUUCAUCUCUGCCAGAGUCUCUCAGAUUAUUGAAUACAUCUUGUAAAUGCUUUUUUGUUUUUAAGUCUAUCUAAUUCCUGCCUCCAUUCCCAACCCACCUUCAACAUCAUUCUCUGUCUGGAACCACAUGGCAUUUAUCUUGGACACUUAGAUAUUUGGUUCCCGUGGUGCUUCAGGUAUAUACCCUAGAAUGUUAUCUUUGUGCUUUAUCUAGUCAUCAAUUUCUGCAAUUGAAAGUAAAUUUGAUUGAAGCUAAUGAAGAGGAAGGGGAAGAGUGGAGAGCAGGGUGUGAAUGGAGCCCUGUAGACUGUGGAAGAGGACUGUGGUUACCUUGGUGGUGGGUGUGGUGACGUAUAUCUGAGGAGCUACAGAUAAUCAACUUACAAAAAGUUUCUAAAACCUGAAGAAAGAAUAACAUUUAAAUAUUACAUGAUCAUUAUCUCUCCUCUCUGCAUCUAUUUUACAUCAAAUACUGUAUAAACCAAAGUGUCUAGGAAGAAAUAAAUGGCAUUUACAGUCAUUUUCUUUGCCAUGGGAGUGCUAAUGUUCAAGCACAUCUUUUUCAGAUGCUUUGUUGGAUUCCACGGAAUAUUUCUUCUGUUUCCAGACUGUUUGAUGCAGGAUUUCACAGCAUCUCCUUUUUCCCCCCAAAAUCCUUUCCUCUGGAUUUCCAAUGCCCCAACUGAACUGUGUGAUGAAAGGCAUAAUAUAAAGAUAGAUAUGAGCCUCUUCCCCUUAACAGGUAGUCCCCGGAAAAACGUCAUAAAACAAGGUAUUUUAAUAUUUUAUUUCGAUAAACUUGGCUACUAUCCUUAUAUAGAUUCACGUACAGGAGACAGUGUGAAUGGAGGAAUCCCCCAGUUGGGAUGUCUGCAAAAACAUUUGGACAAAGCUGCCCUUGACAUUGCCUAUUACAUUGGACCAAACAAUGUGGGCUUGGCUGUAAUUGACUGGCAAGAAUGGAGGCCCAUCUGGGAAAGAAACUGGAGCCCUAAACAUAUUUACAGAGAUAUAUCUAUUGACUUGAUUCGCCAACAAAAUGUAACACUUCCUUUGAAUAAUGCCACCAACAUUGCCAAGGGUGAGUUUGAAACAGCAGGAAAGACUUUCAUGCUAGAGACUUUAAAAUUGGGGAAAUCACUACGGCCGAAAUACUUAUGGGGUUUUUAUCGAUUCCCUGAAUGUUACAAUACUCAUUAUAAAAAAGCUGGUUACAAUGGAAGUUGCGUUUAUUUAGAAAUGAAAAGAAAUGAUCAUCUCGGCUGGUUGUGGAAUGAAAGCACCGCCCUUUACCCAUCCAUUUAUUUAAAUACUGAUGUAAAGAAUUCACGAUAUGCAGCGCUAUUUGUCCGGAAUCGCGUGCGGGAAGCCCUUCGGGUUUCUAAAGUGCGAAACCAUACAGACCCACUUCCAGUGUUUGCAUACCUCCGUCCAGUGUUUGCUGAUAAGUCUGAUAGAUUUCUGUCUAAGGAUGACCUUGUGGACACAAUUGGGGAAAGCAUGGCUCUAGGUGUCUCUGGAAUGGUAAUAUGGGGAGGCUACAAUUUAAGCCGAACUAUGGAAGUUUGCCAAAGCUUUGACACUUUUAUGCAAGAUUUACUGAAUCCUUACAUAAUCAACGUCACCCUAGCUGCCAAAAUGUGUAGCCAAGUACUAUGCAAAGAGAAAGGAGUGUGUGUACGGAGAGACUGGAAUUCCAGUGACUAUCUUCACCUGAACCCAAAGAGUUUUGUUAUUCAACCUGUGAAAGGUGGAAAAUACACUGUACAUGGGAAGCCCACACUUGAAGACCUGCAGCAAUUUUCUAAAAAAUUUCAUUGCAGCUGUUAUUCCAAUAUCAAUUGUGUGACUACAGUGGAUGUGAAUACUACAAAUUAUACUUAUGUAUGUGUUGGUAAUGAUGUUUGUAUAAAUGCCUUGAUAAACCCAAAACUCAGUGGUCCAUCAGAUUGGAAUAAGAGACGUUCUAUUGCUUAUGGUAAUGUCUCAUUUUCUUCUCCACUUGCCAGAGCAUCCCCUUGUGUUUCUGGAAAAGACCUCAAUGAGAACCCCAAAACCAAAUGCUUAGUGGAAGCUCUCUCCAACAACCUUCAAGAAGAUAGUCAGAGUCAUUUAUAUAUUCAAGACAAUAAAAACGAAAUAACUUCUUCCAGCACAAGUUCAGUGCUUAUUAAAUUUCCUAUCUAUAUACUUCAUGGUUUUUUUGCUUUUACAUUUUUAUACUUAGCAAUUUAAGUAGAUGAUUUGCUUUCAUGCACAAGAUAAUACUUAGAGUUUUGUAUUUGAAGUGUUUAUAAAAAUACGUGGUUAAGAUAAUUUGACAUUUGAGCAAAGAUUAUUUUCUAAUAUCAAAUUAAACUUGAAAUUAUUAUUGAUUAUUAUUGAUGGAUAAACAAAGGAGACUGAUCUCCACCUUUAAUUUUCAAAAUCACAGAACUCUUUAGCUACUAAAACCAUUAGUACAAUAUUAUGACUGAAUCUGCAUUUGAUUUGAAUCUUGAUUACUAAUGGAGCAAAGAAUUUGUUUUGUAUGAUGUUUAAUUUAUAUUUUCUGAAUGCUUUGACUCUGUAGCAAAGAUUUUGAAUACUGUGAAUGUAUAUAUAAAAUGCAGAGGUAACAAUCUUAAGAAAAACUGAUUGUAAGGCCUGUAAGACCUAGGUUUUACCUGUGAAAAGUGAAGGUUUGGUUAAUACCAAUUUACUGAACAUGAAUGUCUUUGUAAAUACUUCAUAAUUCAUAUAAAAAUAUUAAGAAAAUAUUAAUGUGAAAAC